AUGCAGCCUUCACGUUGGGGCUCCAAGGUCUACAGAGUCGAGCACGCUCGUCUGAACCCAGGUCCCAGAUAUGCCCUUCUGCAUCUUCCUACGCAUUACGGCGGCACCGAACCGAGCCCGCUUAUCGUAGCGUUACACGGAAAAGCUCAACCCGCAGCGGAGUUUGAGGAACAUACACAGCUGUCGAAGCCAGAAGUCCAGGACGAAGCAAUUGUUGUAUAUCCCGAGGGUAUAAAGCUGCAGUGGCUCGGCGACCCAGAGGCUCCGUCCCAAGAAGAUAUCAACGAUAUUGGUUUCAUCGGUAUCUUAAUAGAUCAAUUGGGACGCGACUAUGCUAUUGACAAGCACCGAGUCUAUGUGACCGGCUUCUCCAACGGCGGCGGUCUCGCGGAUCUGCUUGCUGGCGAUCAUGCUUUGAGCGGGCGCAUCGCAGCUUUUGCCAUUGCAUCUGGAGCAUUAUAUACAGACUCGGCGCUGAAGGAGCCGCUAUUUAGCCACCCUAAUCCGGACCACAUCCCGUCGACGCCUGAUGGUGUGACGUUCAGCUUGCCCGACUUCUUCGAGAUCUGGGCAAGGCGCAACAACUGCGAUCCAAGACCAAACAGCACGGAGUUGUAUGGUGGCAAGGUUACAAGAUACGCCUGGCUUAGCAGCGAUCAAGAAGCAACAAGCCGGGAAGUGCUCAUUCACUAUCGUAUUGGUGGCUUCGGCCACGGGUGGCCUACCACGCGGCCGUUGAACAAUGACGACCAGCGCCACGGACCGACAUACUUCGAUGCGACACCUGUAGUGAUGGACUGGUUCCGCAUGUGGAAGAUUUGA